UCUUUACGACAUUGCCAACGAACCUAAUUCCGACUGUCGUACAACAUAAAUAAAAAAAAAAAGGCGAGCUUGCUUGGCUGGUUUCAUCAACUGUUUUUUUUUUUUCCUCAAGAAAUGGGAACCCAGAAACAACACAUUGUCCAACGUGUCCUUUUCUAAGACGGAUUAGGGGUGUGUGUGUGAUUUUUUGAGGGAGAUUUGGCUGCUAUUAUUUUCUAGCCGUUCGAGCGACAACGUAGAGGUUCCCUCGUUGGCUUGCAAACAUUUAGUUGUACCCCAUCUGUAACGAUGUCGUUCAACAUCCCGCGUGAAUCAACGCGACGAAUACGCCAGGGCCUCCAAGACUGCUAGGAGCAAAUAGGAGAAAGGAACCAUGACUAAGGGAUUAUCAUCAGACUGAACACCUGGUCUGAAUGUUCACAAGCAGAAUGGAAUCCGCAGAGAGAGAGAGAGAGAGUCCAAGAGCCAGUUGGUGGUUUUAAACGGAGCAACAAAUCGACUCUUCUACUUACGAAAAGUUUUUGGAAGAAAUGCUUUUAAAUAGUCUUCACAUUAGCCUUGCUGAAGAAGAUUCGGUAUCGACACCAACAAAUGAUCCAGAAUUUCAGAGCAUCAAUAUGCCACUGAAUCCAUCUUCUCAUGAUCAGUCUGCUGCAAGCCCAAACUCAGAGCCCUGGAAUUCAAGAGAAAAUGUGCAGCCAGAAAGUGAAAAUUUAAACUCUAACUCACCACAAAGAGAAGAUACUGAAAAUCAAGAUGAAAUUGAACGAUUUGUCCGCAUUCAAUGGUUGUUACUCCAACCAUUAAGUGGUUUAUCUGAAGAUACACAAAACAGUGGCUUGUCUAUAAAUAUAUUCCAUAUUUAUGGAGGCCUUCGAGAUUCUGUGAUAAGUGAGUUGAUAAACCAGAUUGAUUGUAAUGGAGUUCCCCCAGCGGAGAAAGACAAAAUAGAUUCUUUACCCAAAGUCAAAAUAACUCAACAGCAAGUUGAUAACAGCUUGCAGUGUUCAAUAUGUUUGUCUGAAUUUAUUUUAGAAGAACAAGUGAAACAGUUAUAUUGUACUCACCAAUACCACUGUAUUUGCAUUGAUACUUGGCUAUCACAGCAUGGAAACUGUCCAAUAUGCAGGGAAAAUCUCACUGUAAGGGAGCCAACUACGAAAGCUUCUUCUUCAUCUGAAUCUGUUGAUCUCGGUUAAAAAUCUAAAAUAAACUUUUUUUACAUUAUUUUUUCCCCCCGGAGAGAAAUGAUUUUUUGCUGACUUUUUUUUUGUUUAGCUUAUUUUUUCUAAUUUAAAAAAAAUUUUUACAGUUAAGUUUGUAAUCAAAUCAAAAAAAAAGAUAUACUUUUGCUCUUAUAAUCUUAAGAUUUUUUUUUUUUAAUCUAAGUUUUGACAUAUAUAUAUAUAUAUGUAUAUAUAUAUAUAUAUGUAAUUAAAUUUAUUAAACACCUGUAAUUAUCUGCUUUAAGGAAGAAAAAUUCUUUUUUUUUUUUUCGUUUGAAAUCUGAAGUUAUUAAUUGUAAAUAACUAUCAAAUGUAAAUGUUGUUAUAAUUAAAAUUAAUGAAAUUAUCCACAGUUACAGAACAGUCUUAAAACACAAGAUCCAACAAUCAGAUGUACAUACAAGAGCUCUAUUACAAAGUAAAAAAAUGUAAUAAGUUAAAUUUUAUUCUGAGCUAAAUACUUUUUCAUUUUUUAUUUUUAAAGCUUUUAUUGCAGUCAAUGUAUAGGAAUUUUUUUUUAGUUGCUUAAUCAAUUACUAUAUUUAUAUAUAUUCCCUUUUAAAAAAAUAACUAAAAGAAGAAUUCCUGUAUUUCUUAAUUUUUAAAAUCUUUUUUAUUUUAUUAACUACUGUUGUUGUUAUUUAUUAGUAAUAUUAAUUAUUUGGAGAAGACGGUAGAAGAUUGGCGGAAUUAUUAGACUCUCAAACAAAAUACCUUGCAAUAUUUGUUCUAGCUCUUUAUUAUGAAGUCAAAUCCUGCCUAUGUUGACUGCCUUUCAUCCUUCCAAGAUUGAGAAAAUAUAAUACCAAUCUAGAGUUGGGUUCAAUCAAAUUGACUAAUCUCCUCCCUCUAAAUUGCAGGCCUUGUGCCUAAAUUAUAGAUUAUUAUCAUUUUUAUCAUUCAUAGUGCUUAUGAAGGCAGCAAGCUUGCCAAAUCGUUUGUGCAGCAGACAAAAAUGUCAAGUGGCAUUUCUUCCAACUCUUUGCAUUCUGAGUUCAAAUUCCACUGAGAUUGAAUUUGCCUUUCAUCCUUUCGGGGUCGAUGAAAUAAGUACCAGUUGUGUACUGGUGUCGAUGUAAUCGACCAUCCCUCCACCCCAUUCCCUUGAAAUUUCAGGCCUACAGCAGAAAGGAUUAUCAAUAAUGCUUAUAAAGGCAGCAGGCUGGCAGAAUCAUUAGUGCAGCAGACAAAAUGUCUUGAGGUAUUUUUUCUGGCUCUCUGCAUUUUGAGUUCAAAUCCUGGCAUGGUCAGCUUUGCCUUUCAUCCCUUUCAGGGUCAAUAAAAUAAAAUACCAAUCAAAUGUUGUGAUCAAUAAAAUCGACUGACUGCCCCUUCCCUUAAAAUAAUUUCUGGCCUUGUCCCAAAAUUUGAAACAAUUAUUAAUUAUGCUUAUGAUGAUGAUAAUAAUAACAAUAAUAAACACUAAUGUGAUAUACUGGCAAAAUUGAUAAAAUGAUAGAUAAAUUACCUGGCAGUGUUUAAAAACGCAACUUUCUGUUCCAAGUUCAAAUCCUGCUGAGAUAAAUUUAUUAUCACCUGCAUCAGUGACGUAUGAAAUUAUUAUCAAGUAGGCUCUUGGUUCCUGGACCAUCAAAUUUCAUAUCUCAUUGCAGUUCUUUAAUUUUGCUCUUGACCAACACCAAACAUUCUAUGCCUUUAAGAACUAUGUCCAAUGUAGACAUUUUAAAUUCAAAUUGAUACCGUUAUUUAUUUAUUUGGGCAUAUUACUCAAAAAUCUGUUACUUUUGGACAUAAUAUAAUUACUUUAAAUAUUUUACAUAUAAAUGUAGAUAUUAAAUGUAAAGUAAACCAUAUAAUCAUUUAAUUUCUCAGCAAGACCUAAUUAUUACAUUUUACAUUAGAAUUAAUUAAUUGUUGCAUCCUACAUUAGAAAAUUAGUAAGGUAGUUUUUAAACUAAUAGUGUUAAUUUACUAUAUUUACUCUGUAUUAGGAACAUGCCAGACAAGUGGUUUAUUUGUAUAUUUGGCAGCAAUGAUUUAUUGUAUAUUUGCAAAUAUUUUUUAUUACAAAUUUGUUAAAUUUAUCACAUAAAUAAAAAAAAAUACUAAAAAAAAAAAUAAACAAACAAAAAACACCAAUUGUGAUUUUGAAAGUAAUUCCACAAAUAAAAUAUUUUGCAUUUUUUAUUUAAAUAUAAAUAUUUUCUUUUUCUUUAUAAUGUAUUAUAUAUAUAUAUAUAAAUUAAAGUUAUCCAAUGCUUUUUUUUAGCUGCUGCACACAUUUAGCGCAAAUGAGAUAAUGCAAAAGCUAGCUAAUUGUAAGUCCCGAGUGGGUAUAGUUACGAUAUCAUAAAUAUAUAUAAAGAUGGUAUUUUCUUAA